UUCGAUCAUUCGUUCAUUCCGCUCUCAUCAGUCGUGGUUGAUAACUGUUUCGGUGUAGACGUAUGUAACGGCCUUUUACAUUCCCGCGCACGAACAUAAUUAAAUUUAACGUAUUAAUCGCGGCGAAUUUGUGUUUGUGUAGUGUUUUAAAAUAAAAUUAGUGUUCGACAAUCGAGAUAAUUUGCAACUAGUGGUUUUGUCUCAGUGCGCUGCGCGAUUGGAUUUUUUUCGUCUUGUUUUUUGUGAUGGCGUAGCGUGAUGGAGGGGGAGUGCUCUGAGGGCGCGGAGGGCUGGCUUCUAGUUCGGGUCCACGUGCCCGAGCUAAACGUUCAGAAAAGCCUGCAGUUCCCGAGGGAUCAGCUAGUUUGGGACGUGAAGCAACAGUGCCUUGCCGCCUUGCCUAAGGUGGCAACUUGGUACAGGGAGUUGAAAGAGAGUUUCAACUAUGGUCUUUUCUGCCCUCCUGUCAAUGGGAAGGCGGGUAAAUUUCUCGACGAGGAACGGCGACUCGGCGACUAUCCUUUCAAUGGACCUGUAGGAUACCUUGAGCUGAAAUACAAACGCCGCGUUUACAAGAUGUUGAAACUAGACGAGAAGACACUGAAGGCUCUGCACUCGCGCGCAAAUCUACGAAGGUUCUUGGAACACGUCACGCACGGACAGAUCGAUAAAAUCACUAAAGCUUGCGCCAAAGGACUCGACCCCAAUUUCCACUGCCAAGAGACGGGAGAAACACCAUUAACAAUAGCCGCCGGUCUAAAGUCGCCCGCGAAGAUUCUUAUAGCCCUCGUCAACGGCGGUGCGUUACUCGACUAUCGAACGAGAGACGGCAGCACCGCUAUGCACAGAGCCGUCGAGAAGAACUCCCUAGAGGCAGUGAAGACUCUUCUGGAGCUGGGCGCGUCGCCAAACUACAAAGACGGAAAGGGAUUGACUCCUUUAUAUCUAUCGGUGACGAACAAAACGGACCCGCUGCUGUGCGAGACGUUGCUGCACGACCAUGCGACAAUCGGCGCCACCGAUCUACAGGGGUGGCAAGAAGUUCAUCAGGCUUGUCGCAACGGCCUGGUUCAACACGUGGACCAUCUGUUGUUCUACGGUGCCGAUAUGAACGCCCGCAACGCGUCCGGGAACACUCCGCUGCACGUGUGCGCGGUCAACGCGCAAGACUCUUGCGCCAGACAACUCCUCUUCCGCGGAUGCGACAAGGAAGCGCUCAACUUUGCCAACCAGACGCCUUACCAGGUGGCUGUCAUAGCUGGAAAUUUGGACUUGGCCGAAGUGAUUAAAAACUACAAAUCUGAUGAAAUCGUUCCGUUCCGGGGUCCGCCCCGGUACAACCCUCGGAGACGGUCGGCGGCGGGGGGCUCGCUGGGGGGCUCGGCGGGGGGCUCGCUGGGGGGCGCGUGGUGGUGCAUGCGCUCGGCCGGGGACCGCUCCUCGCUGGCGUCGAGCACGCGCGUCCCCGCCGCGCCCUCGCCCUGCAGCCUCGAGCGACCAUUCUCGUCUGCCUCAUCAAGCAUCAGCGACGCCAGCCACCCGAGCCACGAAGACGACGCUAGCAUACUCACAGGGCCGACGCUAAUGUUGACAGAUAAGAGCGCCGGCGACGCUAGCGACAUCAUAUCGGACUCGAGCGGGGUGGGCACCAGCAACUCCGACACCACCACGUGCUCGCUGCAGCCCUCCAGCACCGCCGUGUGCCUGCAGCCCUACGAGGGCGCCGCCCCUGGCCAUCUCAGGCUCAACCAGGGCGACAUCGUCGAAGUAACGGCGGCCUCCGACGACGGGCUGCUGGAGGGCUGCGUCAGAGGCUCGGGCGCCGCCGGCCUGUUCCCAGCGCACUGCGUGCAGGAAGUGAGGCUCCGGCAGAACAAUGUACAUUUACAUCAAGUGCUAGCAUCAGGUCCUAUCCACCAUUCGCGAGUGACUGGCAGAAGGGAGAUGGCGCUUAGCAAAACGUAUAGUGCAACUGCGCCUAGGAUAAAGAAAUCGUACGGCGGCAUGGAGUGCCGCACGGUGGUGCUGCACCGGGCGCGGCGCGGGUUCGGCUUCGUGCUGCGCGGCGCCAAGGCGUCGUCCCCACUCAUGGAGCUGCGCCCGUCGGAGCGCUGCCCGGCGCUGCAGUACCUGGACGACGUGGACGCGGGCGGGGUCGCCGACCGCGCCGGCCUCGCCAAGGGGGACUUCCUAGUAGCGAUCAACGGCGAGGACGUGUCGGCCGCGUCGCACGAGCACGUGGUGGAGCUCAUCCGCAACUCCGGCGCGCUCGUCUCCAUGACCGUCGUCUCGCUCAGCUCCUCGCAAGGUGGGGCUCUGUGCGGUAGCAACGAGGGUAGCGCGUGCGCGGUGCCGGCCGGCAAGUCCCAGAGCCAGCUGCCCAACAGUGGGAGGCCGUACGCCGCCACCUUACCUAGGAAAGCAGCCGGAGGCCGCAGCCCCGCGCCCGCGCCCCCGCGCCGCGACCCCCGCACCACGCUCAGCGUGGGCCGCGCGCGAGCCAAAUCCAUGGUCGCCGGACUCGAGAACGGCGGCGAAAAAGAGGAGAGCUGCGAGCCGCUGAGCGCCGCCGGGAAGUCCUCGUCGGCAGAGUCUGUACAGCAGCCCGGCGUCGCCAGCGCAGGCGGGGCGGGGGCGGCGCCGCGCACGGCGUCGGUCCGGCAGCGGCCCGCGUCGUCGCGCAUCACGGCCGCCGAGCUCGAGGAGCUGUUCCAGCGGCAGGCCGUCGCCGACGCUCCGGGUGGAAACAAUGCGAUGAUGAUACGUUCCGCCUUCCAAGGAGGAGCGAACUCACCGCCCUAUUCGCCGGCCAAAGGACCCGGUAAGGUGUACGCUUCCGUCGCCGAAAUGAAGAGGUCUCGAGCCAAGUUGUGGAGCAAGUGCCCCGGCACGCUGCGGCGCGAGUUCCACUCGACGCCGGACCUGGCCGCCGAGCUGGCGCCGCACCCGCCCCGCACGCGCUCCACCGACGACGUGCACGGUUGCGGUCGCGUGCCCCCCCCGGCGCACCCCCCGCCGCCGCCCCCCGGGUCGGUCCCCGCGCCCCCCGCGUCCACGUUCCGGCCGGCGGAGGACGCCAAGCUGUACGCCGCGCCCGCCGCCCUGGCGCCGCUCGCCUACCGCGCGCCGCCGCCCGCGCACAACAAUCGCAAGGCGGUGUCGGCGCGCUCGUGGGCGGGCCCGGCGCGCGCGCGCUCCGCCGACGAGGGCGGACAGUACGCGCAACCCUUCCCCAAGGGCUUUGUCAGACAGAACUCGACCCCUGCGCCGCCCAUCCCGGAGCCGGACUACAGCAUGUCCGAGUCGGACGAGGAGGACGCGGCGCGGCCCCCUCCCGCCGCCGAGACCAGCGCCAACAGCAAUACCAGUGGCAGCAGCUCGGGGUCGAGCUCGAUGCAGCACUCGUUUUCGGUGGACGAGAUACAGAAGAUCCGCACGAGACUGAAGUCGUCCAAGUCGUGCGGCGACGAGCUGGGCGGCGCCGAGCGCGACGACGGCGACAACUCAUCCUCCGGCGUCUCCUCGGACCAGGAGGCGCAGGCGCGGCCGCGGCGGGACAAGGUCUCCUUCUGCAGCUCCGUCACCGUCAAGUCGUCCAACGACGUCAUCAGCACCGAGCCCGUGCACAGCUCGUCGGAGAGCCUGGCGCCCGCCGCCGGCGUCAUGCAGCGCCACAACUCGCUCACCCGCAAGCGCGCCACGGCGGCCGUGCUGCGCGGCGCGGCGGGCGCGCGGGGCCGCUCGGCGGCGGAGCGGCUCGGCGUGGACGUGGACAAGGCGCCGGGGCGGCGGGCGCGCGCCGCCGUGUUGCUGGCCGAGCUGCCGCCCCCGCCGGAGGAGCCGGCCGCGGCGGCGGAGGGCGGCGCCCCGCUGCUGGCGCCGCCGCCCCAGUUCAGUGACCGCGUGCGAGUGGUGGCUGCGCUUCCGAAGCAGCUGGCCCGUCUGCAGUGAGCUACCGACUAUACUUAUUCGUAUCACAAUAAAUCAAUUAAGAUGUUUCCUGUAGCCUAUUUUGUCGAUCUGUCACCGAAUCUUGUUCCGUGAUCGCGUCCCGAACGACAGACGCCAUGUCGAAAACGACCAGUUUAGACUCGAACUGGAUCCGGCAUCGGACAGUGCCAAAAGGAAUCUAUCAUCCCAUAGAUUGUAUAGCUCCAUAGUAGCGCGCUCCAGGACGUCCUCGUCACACGCAAAAUGUGUCCCCGAGCCGCGUUCGACGGCCGUCGUUCUUAUGAACCGUAGAAUAAUAAAUAGUUCUUCAAAUUUUUUUAAAAAUAUUUUAUGCAUAAAAUCUCUAAGUUGUAUGUAAUGAAGCUCGCCAUCUCUAGCAAUGUUAUGAUGUGCAAAGAAUAAAAACUUUUUAUAAUCAAACGACUAAAUGAAACCAAAGAUUUAUAGUAUUUAUUGUUGAGGAGUUAACAUUGAUAUAGUUGAAAAUAAUUUUAUACAUUCCCUCUUACUGAUGUGUAUUAAUCUUCUAAUUUAGUUUGAUAUAAAACUUAUUUAAAGUAAUUGCCAAACUUUUGUGCUGAAGUUUGAUGUAGCUGCAAGUCAGUGCAUUUUUAUUCAUAUUUAAUUAAUUAUAUUAUAAUAUACAUCAUUUCUAAAUCUGGACAACAUAAGCAUACAUUUUUGUUUAAUUUUUUUUAUGUGUAAUAAACUACAAUUUUUAGGCAAUUAUAUAUUUGAAAAAUGUAUAUCUUAAAUAAAUAAAUAAUAUAGUAAUUUUUUUAAAUAAAAUAAUGCAGAAAACAUAAUCAAAAACAUUUACAUAAUUUUAAGUUUCAUCUGAUGAUGAACUGCCAUCGUUUUUUUUCGUUUUUCAGUUUCUCAGAUCAAUUCUCAGUCCAAAUUACAAAUUUAUCUUAAUUUGUCCAUUAACUGAUUAUAUUUUUACUUAUAAACCUUAACUAAGAACAUUCAAAACUCUAACUGUAUUUGCUUUGACUUAUAACUACUGAAUGCUAUAUACAUACUUAUCUAUGUUGUUACUUACUGCACAGCUUAAAACACUUUAGUUUGGCAAAUACUAAUGUGUCAAAUUUAAAGCCUGUUCGUUUUGUCCUUAUAUUAAAGAAAUUUAUAUUAUUUUAAUAUUUUCACAACGCAACCAAGUGCCAUCUACCUUUUCAAUAUAUUUUUUAUAAUAUAUAUCUGUAAAUAAACUAUUUUAAAGUUAAAAGAGUGGACUAGAAACGAGCACACACUCAUCCGGCCAAUAUUAUGUAACUCAAAAUGUAAUAAUUAAAUAUAUUUAAAUACCAUAUUUACAUGGAAUAUGUUACACGUUGUUUCAUUGAAUUGUUUUUUUUUUAUAUUCGUCCAAACGCGAGUCAUAAUAGCCCACUCUUUUGACAGGAAAAAUGUAUAGUCGAAUUAUUUAGUAAAUGUCCCACAUUAUUGAUUAUGUAAUUAAAACAUACUAUAUUAUUUAUUGGCUUUUAAACUACUUCGAUAUAAUCGGACCGGUUGCCGUUUGCACUUCUUAAAAAACAGGUCCAUAUUGCAUUGAAUGGCUUUUAAGUUGAGAUUCGGACUUAAUACUGGAACAACACUGACCCCAUAUCACAUUAAUUUAUCAAAUAUAAAACCGUUACAUAUGCUUUUUAAUAUAAAAUAUUUUUCACAAAAAUAAACAAGUUUAUAGCGGUUUCUUUAAUUUAAUGUUUUCAAAGGAAUCUUGUGGUUUUUUAAUGUCAUGUCCGCAGAUUAGUUUAUUUGUAAGAUGACAUUUCCAAAUCUUAUGUGUAUUAUGUAUCUACCUAUGGAAAUUUCUUUAAAACUGUAAAGUGCUACACGUGUAAGUGCUAAAAAUAAGAGCUCAUUUAGAAAAAAUAAAAGUGAAAUGAAGGGCUAGAAUGAAAACAAAAAUAAAAUCAUUUUGCGAUUACUUUGUGAAUCAGCAAGAUUGCAUUGAUAUUUUUUUAGAAAUAAUAAGUACCUAUAUCACAGUAAAAUAUAGAAAGUAUGAUUCAUUCAUUUUCGUUUGUAUUUAGGUGUACCACUAAUAUGAAUUCCGCGAAACAUAAUAUAUAAAGAAUAGUUAUGGAAAGGCCUGUUUUUAUUCUUUUUUAUCUUUAAUUGAUAUUAACAAAUUUAAGAAUGUCAUCUGAUUUUUACUUCGAUUUUUAAAAAGAAACUAACAACUAGAGCCUAAUUCUUAAGACUUUUCAAAUUUACAAACUUUUUAGAAUACCAAUCAGAAGAAAGUACGUCUAAACGUCAUAUUAAUUGUUUUUUUACGCGUAUAAUUAGAUACAUUCUAGCGACUCGGUAUGCUACAUAGCUACUAAAUAGCCUUCAUUGUAAUAUUAGCACAAUGAGUUUUGUUAUUAUCAUUCGAUCGUCUUGUCACUAUUCUAAGUUGUAUAAAUGUAUUUGUCUGCACAAGGCAUAGUUAGCGUUAAUUGUAUUAGGUAGUAAUUGAUUGUAGAUUAAUACAGGCGGAGGGGAAUUAGUUGAGUUGCGUGUGCCAACGCUCGGCGCUUCAUCAAACAAAUUCUGACAUACAUAUCUACAGGAAAAACUUUUUUUAACAAAAAAAAUAUAGUAACUGUUUUGGACUCAUAAAAAAUAUCGGAAAGUAACGUAAACAUUUAGUACGAUCUGUUUUUUUUUUUUUGAAACGGCCGAGCGUUCGGUUCUAUGCACUCUUUGCAAUUUUGUAUAAUACGAUAUUUGCGUUUUGUGUUUCAUUUGAAUCUCAGCAUCGGACGUGUAUUUACAGCAUGGUAUUCCUUCAAAUGAAAAAUAAAUGUUUCACCAAUUA